AAACCCGCAACCUUUUUAGACCAACGCAUUCCAUUCAAUUGAUCUACUGACUAACAAAGGUUGUCCUACUCUCGCUCGAGUCGAUAUCACACAGCCCGAUAACUGUAUCUCAAACUAUCUCCGCCAUUCGUGACUGGGUGUGAAAAGCCGAGUCCCCUGUCUGCGCGCGGUACUAAGUGGGUACUUCUUAUCAUCCUCACGCCGUGGGAGGCUCGUGUAGUGCGUACAAGAAUCGUAUUACUGCAGAUAAUCUGCGGUGUGACGUGAUGAGGUGCAUAUUACCCCUCCUGGGGCGCUGAUCACUUAGGCGCCAUCGUACGAUGAAGAUUUGAAGAGAAACGCAUGGUAAGGUCAACACUUGCGUUGCGACCAAAAUGAAUCGGAAGACAUCUUCUCCGAGCAACUUCACUCACAUAUGAGAUAUGACCAUGGCAUCGACUGCACCUGCCGACAUACCUAAGGGAGUACAAUCCGAUCCCAUCCCAGGUGACGAUCCCAAUGGAGUUGACGAGACUGAGGUGCUCUCCCCGGGGUCUCAGAAGCUUCACAGGAAGCUCCGUGGGCGAGAGGUUCAGCUCUUUGCAGUAGGGGGGGCUAUCGGUACAUCGCUCUUUGUACAAAUGGGCUCAGCCUUGCCCAAGGGUGGUCCGGCGGGCCUCUUUAUCGGAUUCAUAGCGUACAGUACAAUCGUUCUGGCCGUUAAUGAAUGUUUUGCGGAGAUGGUUUGCUACAUGCCUAUUCCAUCGCCCUUCGUGCGGUUGGCUGGGCAUUGGGUAGAUGAUGCUUUGAGCUUCGCGAUGGGCUGGAAUUUCUUCUUAGCCAUGGCGCUAAACAUUCCUUAUGAGAUUGUCGCAAUCAAUGUUCUGCUUACCUACUGGACCGACAAAGUGCCCACUGCAGCGGUUGUUGUCGUAGUCAUGGUCAUCUAUGGUAUAUUGAACGUCCUCACCGUUCGCUAUUUCGGCGUUGCUGAGUUCUACUUAUCGUUCUUCAAGAUCUUCCUGAUGCUGGGCUUGAUUCUCUACACGUUUGUCACCAUGGUGGGCGGCAAUCCCCAUCGUGAUGUCAUUGGAUUCCGAUACUGGAACGACCCAGGAGCAUUUGUCUCACAUCUAGUGCCCGGGGACACUGGUCGCUUUCUUGGAGUGUUAAGCUGCAUGAUCCAGGGCGCAUUCACAAUGGUAGGGCCGGAAUUCAUAUCCAUGGCGGCUGGUGAAGCCGAGCGACCCCGGAGAGUCAUGCGGAAAGCAUUCGCAUCAUUUGGUUGGCGCCUUAUGUUUUUCUUCUGUCUGGGAGCACUCUGUGUAGGAAUCGUAAUUCCGUACAACGACCCUACGUUAGCUGCCAUGCUGGAUGGUACAAAGCAGGGCAGUGGGACCGGUGCCGCGUCUCCCUAUGUUAUCUCCAUGAACCACUUCGGGAUUCCGGUCCUACCGGACAUUGUUAAUGUGCUGAUCAUGACCUCUGUCCUGUCCGCGGGAAACAAUGUCGUGUUCUCUGCCUCGCGGACCUUGUACGGCAUGUCACUAGAGAAAAAGGCCCCAAAAUGGGUCUCCAAAACGAACCGAGCCGGAUUGCCAUACAACGCCGUAGCCAUAGCCAUGGCUUUUAGUCUCCUAGGUUUCCUACAAGUCAGUAACAGCUCGGCCACUGUACUCAAUUGGCUGGUUAGCUGCAUCGCAGGCUCCUACCUCCUCAACUACUUUGGCACAUGCAUCACCUACCUACAUUUCCAUGCUUCACUGCGUCGUCAGGGCAUCUCACGCGAAAACCUCCCCUAUCGCAGUCGCUUCCAGCCCUACACGGCGUGGUACGCCCUUUGCGGAACGGCAGUGAUGGUCUUGGUCUUGGGGUAUAAUGUCUUUCUUUCCGGUGGUUGGGAUUUGAAAUCAUUCUUUCUCAACUACGUUAUUAUUGGGUUUUAUGCACUUGCUUUUGUGUUCUGGAAGAUAUUCCGGCGCACGCGAUACGUGGGGAUCGGCAAGGCGGAUCUCCAGUUAGGGGGUAUCAAGCGAGAGAUUGAUGAGUAUGAGGAGGUGGACUAUGCUUGUAAAAGAGGGAAGCCAGUGGCGUUGCUAGAUCGGUUGUUCGAGUAGAAGCGUCAUAUACUCCGUAUACACAGUAGAUGCUUGACAAUACUUGACAUAUUUACGUGGAGUGUCCUUUGGAUAGAACAACGAGCUGAGUUU